AUGAUCUCGCUCGGCUUCGGGGACUCGACGACGGGCGGCUUCGCCGAGGCGCUCACCUACGGCGCGGACAACGGCGCGCGCAUCUCGUCGAACUCGUGGGGCUACACGGCGCCGGACGUCUACGAGCAGGCCGUCCUCGACGCCAUCGACUACUACGACGCGGCCGGCGGCAUCGUCGUCUUCGCCGCGGGCAACGACAACUCCGCCAGCUGCUACUACCCGGGCUGCUACGGCGCGGUCGUCGGCGUCGCCGCCGUGAGCGACGACGGCGCCCGCGCGUCCUUCUCCAACUACGGCGACUGGAUCGACAUCUCCGCGCCCGGCGUCAACGUCUACUCGACGAUCACGGGCGACACCUACGGCCACGCGUCGGGCACGUCCAUGGCCUGCCCCCACACGGCGGGCGUCCUCGCGCUC